AACAGAAUAACUUAUUUGCUAUAUAAUAAUGAAUUCUUCAAGAUUAUCUUCAUCCAUCUUUAGCUAUAUAAUAAUGGAAUCUUCAAAUUCUAAUUCAUCUUCAUCCGAUAAGGAAACAACAACAAUUUUCGAAAACAAUCAACAUGCAACAAGUAUUACUGCAAAGUUGAAGAUUUUCUAUGAAGAAGAGAAAUUCUUCGAUGUUGUUCUCUUGGCUGGUCAAGAUUCCAUCAAAAUUCGAGCUCACAAAAUGAUCUUGUCAGCUUUUAGUGAGUAUUUUUUGGAAAUAUUUCAAAACAUCUCCACGAUUUCAAAGAUCAACGAAGUAAAUGUUAAAGAAAUCGAAUCUUCGACUUUUAAAUUGAUUAUAAAUUACAUGUGUUCGGGUUCAAUUGAACUGAGUCUUGAAAAGAUUGAGACUAUUUUGAGAGGUGCAGUAUUUCUUAAAAUGAAACACCUUGUUGAUGGGUGCUGUGAUUUUAUGCAAAAAAAUUUAAAUAAUGGUAAUUGUUUGCAAUGGCUGCGAUUGGCAAAAGAACUGAGUUUAUCUGAACUCAUACAAAAAUCAUUUAACUUUAUUUAUUCGCAUUUUAAAGAAGUAACUGAAGGAAAUGAGUUUUUGCUUUUGAAUGAAAUUGAACUCAGAGAUAUUUUAUUUAAAAACAAUUCUUAUAAAGACUUGGAGGAGCAAGUAUUUCUCGGAUUGGUUGCUUGGAUUGAAUAUGAAAAAUCUGAGCGACAACAUCUUUUGUUCGAUAUGCUCUCUUUGGUUCGCUAUCAGUUUCUUACGCCAAAGUUUAUCAUGGAAAAAAGAAAAUCUGUUUGUAUAAACUUUGAAAACGGUGAAUUGAUUUACUCUUGGCUUCAAUACCAUUUGAUGCCUGCAUCUAGGUCAGAUGAAGAAAACAAAAUAACUUUUGUUACUAAAACAAGCACUGAAAUUAAUUUAAACUUAGAUGAAUUUGCUGUGAUUCAUUUAAAUCCUGAUUUUGAAGCUGAGAUACGAAGGUACAAUCAAAUAUCAAAGAAGUGGUCUUUGGAUAAAAAAUCACUUCCACUUCCAGAACCAAAAAAGAUAUAUAGUCCAAUUGUAAUUGAUGAAAAACUAUUUUUAGUUGGAGGGUUCUACAAUAAAGUAAUGGAAAGCGUUGGUUGUUUAGACUUAAAAACUUUAAAUUGGUCUGAGUUGCCUCCAAUGCGAGUUGCUAGACUGGACAGUCAGUUGGCAAAUUUAAAUGGACAUUUAUGUGCCUUCGGUGGCUAUGAGGACCGCGAUCGUAAAAAGUUUAUUAAUUCGAUGGAGAUUUUCAAUUUCUCUACACGAGUGUGGACUGAUUUGCAACCACUCAUUAAACCAAAUGCAAGACAAAGAAUUGUUGGUCAUAACGGUAUUUUGUACAUUUUCGAUUUUCAUCACGCUUCUUUGCAAUGUUAUAAUGUCUCCACCAAUCAAUGGACUUCAAAAAAACUGCCCAUAGAUGAUGUUAAAGAAGAUUUCCGUACCACUGGGGUCGAUAAUUUCUUGUAUUGUAUUAUUGGUGGAGAAUUAGAUUCAUACAAGGAAUGGAUUUGCUAUGAGAAGCUUACAAUUAAACGAUAUGAUUUAACCAACGAUACCUGGUGUGAAGUGGAUGUUUUACAAAAAGAAGGAUUGAUUGGUCAAAUGGUCACAAUUAUUGGAAGUAAAAUUUUGUUUGUCUACGGAAAUGACUAUAUCAGGGAGUAUGAUCUUGUAACUAAAAAUAUCAAUGAUAUCCGUACGUCUGCAAAAUAUUAUUAUCAUGCUUAUAUUUUUUCUAUGAAAUUAUAAUUUGAUUGAGUAAUCUUUUUUUUCGAUACAUUGAAGA